AAUCCAACCCCACUUAUAUUAGAUUCCCUCCUAAUUAUGUUUUCAAAUUAAUCUUCUCUAUCUGCUAAAUUCCAACUUGAAGAUCCCUCCUUUAAUCAUUAUAUCUCUAUCCCAAUUCCCCCAGCUGUUAAAAACUCAAACACCCAUCUCUCCAUUCCAUAUCCCAACAAGACCAAAACAGACGACUCACAGUUUAUUGAUGUGGGUCUCUGAGGGUUGGUUAAAUGGAUACCUUGUUUAGGCUUGUCAGUCUUCAAUCUGAUCAAUCUUUCAACUCCAGUAGAACCUCAAGCAGCUCUCGAUCCUCCAGACAAAACAACCAUCACUACCAACAAGAUCAAGACGAAGAAUGCUUCAACUUUUUCAUGGAUGAAGAAGACUUCUCCUCGUCUUCUUCUAAACACUACUAUCCCUAUCAACCCCACCCUUCCACCACCACCCCCACCCCAACCACCACAAACAUAAGCACCCCGACAGAAUUCUCCUUCUCACCCGCCCGUGAUUUUAACUUCGAAUUCUCCGGAAAGUGGGCGUCCGAGAUACUCCUCGAGACCGCACGUGCCAUCGCCGACAAGAAUAGCUCGCGUGUCCAACAACUCAUGUGGAUGCUCAACGAGCUCAGCUCGCCUUACGGCGACACCGACCAGAAGCUCACCGCCUACUUCCUCCAGGCCUUGUUCAGCCGCAUGACAGACUCUGGCGAGCGCUGUUACCGUAGCCUUGCUUCCGCAUCGGAUAAAACCUGCUCCUUCGAGUCAACGAGAAAAACGGUCUUGAAGUUCCAAGAGGUCAGCCCGUGGACUACGUUCGGACACGUAGCGUGUAAUGGUGCAAUCAUGGAAGCCUUUGAAGGUGAGCCGAAGCUACAUAUAGUUGAUUUCAGCAACACGUAUUGUACACAGUGGCCAACUUUGCUGGAAGCCCUAGCCACCCGCACCGACGAAACCCCGCACCUCCGGCUGACGACGGUUAUGGCCAGCAAAUCCGACACCGCCGGAGGUGUGGCAGCGGUUCAGAAACUAAUGAAAGAGAUCGGUAGCAGAAUGGAGAAGUUCGCUAGGCUCAUGGGCGUGCCUUUCAAAUUCAACGUCAUCCACCAUGGCGGCGAUCUUUCUGACUUAAACCUAGAUGAGUUAGACCUCAAAGACGAUGAAGCGCUGGCAAUCAACACUGUCAGCUCAUUACAUUCAAUCACAGCCGUCGGUGACCGCCGCGAUUAUCUGAUAUCAGCUUUCCAGAGAUUGCAGCCGAGGAUAAUCACUGUCGUCGAAGAAGAAGCUGAUCUUGACGUUGGGAUUGAUGGGCUGGAGUUCGUAAAAGGGUUUGAAGAGUGCUUGAGAUGGUUUAGGGUUUACUUCGAGGCUUUGGACGAGAGCUUUCCUCGGACGAGCAACGAGCGCUUGAUGCUCGAGCGCGCGGCUGGGCGCGCCAUCUUGGACCUGGUGGCUUGCGCGCCCUCUGACUCGGUCGAGCGGCGCGAGUCGGCUGCUCGCUGGUCUCGGCGCUUGCUUGUCGGCGGGUUCACCCCGGCCUCGUUCAGUGACGAAGUGUGUGAUGAUGUGCGCGCUUUGUUGAGGAGGUACAAGGAGGGUUGGUCAAUGACACAGUGCUCGGACGUCGCCGGAAUAUUCUUGUCGUGGAAGGAUCAGCCGGUGGUGUGGGCCAGUGCAUGGAGGCCUUGACUACCGCGGCGGGGUUUCACACGCUUGGGCUUUAUCCGCACGUGUAAUAAUUUUUUCUUUCUUUUUCUUUUUUUGGUGCGUGCAUGGGUUGGAAUUUGUGGGUGUGUUUUGAAAGAGAGAAAAGAGAGAGAGGGAAGGGAUUUGCUUUUAUUUGAAUAGAAAUGAAGUAAAUUAAUCUUCAUUA